CCCACCCCGCGAACGUCUCCCCGUUGGACUGUGCCGCACGCGCGCUUGUCCUCUUCUCCCUCGUCGGCUCGUCGCCAUCUCCCUCUCCUCACCGCAAAACCAAACGCCCCCACGGGCACCCCGUGCCGCGCCGUGCCCCACCUCUGAACGCCACCCAAAACCCCCACGGGACCGAGCCACCGGCGGGCACGGCAUCGCAGCACGGGCGCGGCCAAGAGGCAAGAGUCCUGCCCUCUGCCAACGUGCCUGUCACAUACUCACAUCCAGUGCGCGCGGCCGCGGGGUUUUAGGCAGUGGGAGGAGCGGAAAAACGACGGGAUCGCCAGCCAUGGAAUCCGCGACGGCGGCCGUCCGCGGCCCUGGCGCGUCGCUCGCGCGGGCCGCGCUCGUCUGCCCGGGGCGCGCGCGGGGGCGGGGGCCGCGGCGCGUCGUGGGGGGCGGCCUCGCCGCGCCAGCGCCCGGCCCCCGGCGGAGGGCGCUCGUCGCCGUGGCCUCGCUCCAGGAGCCGCUCCCGUCGCGCGCGCAGGAGGGUCCGGUCGUGGUGGCGCCGCCGCAGGCUGAUGAGGAGGAGGUCCAUGGGAAUGGCGCUGCUGCGGUUGAAACCUCGUCUCCACCAGCUGUCUCUGGUAAGACGGUGCGUGUCAGAUUUGUGCUGGAGAAGCAGUGCGCGGUCGACCAGAGCGUCUACCUCGUCGGCGACGACCCGGCGCUCGGCCUUUGGGAUCCGGCGAACGCGAUUCCUCUGGAGUGCGCGGAAAGCCACGGCUGGAUCUUAGAGAAAGAUUUACCGGCCAACAAGCUGAUUGAGUUCAAGUUCUUGCUGCGAGAUUCCUCGGGAAAGUUGCACUGGCAGAAUGGACCUAAUAGGAUCUUUCAGACAGGUGAAGCCGCAAACACUUUGGUCGUCUAUGAAGAUUGGUGUGAUGUGAAGAAUCAGAGAAUAGCAGAAGAGGAGGUAGUCGCAUCUGUUGUGAUGGAGGAAGCGGUUGUUUCAGAUGACAGUGGAAGCAGACAGGAUACUGUUAUAGAAGAUGAGUUGCAAAUGGAUGAUAACCAGGAGGUCAAAGAAGAUGAACCCGCUGUUGACGAGGAGGAAGAGAAGUCAGCCGUUAAUGUAUCUGUUCAAGUGGAUACGCUGAAGAUAAACGAAGGCCAACCACAUGAGUCAAUGCUGCAGAAAGAACUGGAAAUUAUAGACGAACUUCAUGAAACAGUAGACAUGGAGGACGUGAGUGCUUUGUGUGCUGAUGAGAGUUCUGCUGAAAAAACUGAAGAAGAUAAUAUCUUGCCUGAGCAUGGUGUUCCAGUCGAGAAUGGGUUGGCCAGUGCUUAUGAACAUGAUUUGCUUUGGGGUUGGAAGGUCGUGCAGCAGCUGCUGAUGAAGCUGGGCAUCAGAAUGGAUACUACAUGAAGGAAGCAUAAUCCAGUGCUAUCUACCUAUGCGCGUGCUGCAGUUUGGAUGAAACGGUGUUGCUUUCAAAGAUCGUCUGUUUUCACCCCCAGAGGCUGGCGACUGCCUUUAUUUCAGGACCAUAACCGUGAAGUCUAGCACUCUGGCAGCUGUCAGUAUUGUAUGUGUAUAUUCCUUUUCCAGAAAUGCUGUUGCUUAGCAGAAACCAGUUACCAAUAAUCGGCCCGUCAGUUUUAGUGUUUUGCUGUCGUUGGUGGUCGAAACUUAUCCUAUUUCAUAUCGCCUGAAGUCUUGAAGAUGUACGCUGGUCCGCAGAAGCGCAGAUGUUGUCUGCGCGUUGUAUAUACCUGUGGUGAGAGAUGUCUUUGAGAAAAGUGGACAAGACUCAUUCUAUGAUAAGAUGUCAUUUCUCCUUUGAUUCUUUGAAUGCAGUACCACGAUACCAUCUCA